AUGAAAAAAUUGAAUUUGGACGAGCAAGUUUCUAAUGAAAGAUUUGACAAAAAUAUAGAUUUAGAGGCUACAUUCAAUCCUGAACGAACAGAAACUAAAUUCUUAGCACAGAAAUUAGCAAAGGAAGCUCUCGAAUCACCGCAAUUACAACGUAAUAUAAAGAAAUUGGUAAAUCUGAGCGGGACUGUACAGAAUCAUUCUGACAUGAAAGAUUUACUGGUAGAUAGAAUGAAAAGUGUAUGUAAACCAACAUAUUAUAAUAAUGACAAUGUCGAACCAAUUAAAAUACAAUCAAAAGAUGAAACAGAGAUUGAAAACAACAGAAUCGCCAGACAAAUCUCAAACGAUGUCUUUGACAGUAAAUCAUUAAUCAAUCAUUCGCGAAACAAGCAAUUCAUAGACAGAGAUUCGUAUGAUAAAGAUUUAACUUACAAUUAUGAAUUGUUAAAACCUUGGGAGACCGAUCAUUCUGUGAUCGAUCAAGUAAAUGAAGAUAACGCUGUCACAUCUAUGUACUUGCCGAUACUGAUCGAUCAGAAAACCGAUUCAGGAAGUCUGUACAUUCCCGACGUAACACCGAAGGAUUCAAGUAUCGAACAUCAGUUUCAAGUAUCGAACAUUAAUCUACCUAAAGAAAGCAUAUACAUCAAUGAGAUGGAAUCUUCUACUGAAAAUUUUGUCAAUUCUGAUCUUGAUUUCGCGAAAGUUCUCACUACCAGUGCGGAUAUCAGUUCGCAAAUCGAAGUUGAACAUAUUCCUAGCGAUGUACAAUAUCAGGAUCUAAAAGCUCCUCCGUAUUCAAAUUUAAGUAUUAUACCAGAGAUGAGCAAACCUCAAGAAGUUCAAGUGCAUCCUUCGCAAACGCAUUUAUCUAAUGAUCAUCCUGUUAUUUCCUCGAAUCAAGUCAUACACAAGAUCAAUCACGCUCCGCUAUUUUCUCAAUCAACUGUCAAUCAACCAAAAGAACACGUCUUCAUUCCCGAUCGAGAAAAUGAUAUCAAACAGAGUUGGUACAAUAAUGAUAAGAAACAACAGUUAAUGGAGAAGAAACAGAAAGCGAUUCAAAUUAAUCAUGGACAAUUCCAAAGCUAUGAUAACACAAAUAAUAAACCAACGAACGAUCAAACACACGAUAAUCUUGCACCUAUGAUUUCAACAAAAACAACGGAAGAAAUACAACGUGCGAAUGUUUCUGCGACGUUAAACGAAACUAAGGAAGUUGCCAAUCAGAUAUUAGAGAAGAUUAUUGACGAAUUGGAAGAAAUUAAAUCAAAUCGAGCCACUGAAAAUGAACAGAUAGAAGGUUUGCCUUGCAACAUAUCAGGUUCAUGGAUAACUAUUCAGGGUGGAGUGCGAAUCGACAUGAAAAUUACUAAUCGCACCAUAAAUGUGACGCUCGCAAAAUUAUCACCUCCGCCUGCUCAUCGAGGUUUAUUGAAUCCCGCCUGGAAUUUAACCGGAUAUGCACCGUUUACGAAGGGUGAACCGUUUUCCUUACUUGCCAUUGACAAUUGCACGAAAUCUCUGGCGGUGUUCGCAGGUGCGUGUAGAGUAUGCCAGGGUAUCGAUACGAUAGUGGGUGUUUGGUCAAUUGCCCAUAGCCCACAGGAUUGCAGAGAGUUUCAGAUAGCUACAAAUAUCUACAACGAUAUAUUUCGCCGAACUAAACUGUCAUCAGAGAUGAAAAAACAACAUCAAGAGAUCACGCGAUUAUUUCAAAAAGAUAAUAAGGAUAAUAGAACCGCUAAAAUCUCAACGAAUAAUAUAGUUCAACAAAAUAGCACGUUGCAACCAAAUAACACGCUGCAUCAAUACAAAGCAGAAAAAAAAAAGACUUAA